CCCGGGCCAUGAGGCCUCGGCCCCGCCGGCGCCCGCCGCGCACUCGAGGAGAUGAGGCUCCGAAAUGGCACCUUCCUGACGCUGCUGCUCUUCUGCCUGUGCGCCUUCCUCUCGCUCUCCUGGUACGCGGCGCUCAGCGGCCAGAAAGGCGACGUUGUGGACGUGUACCAGCGGGAAUUCCUAGCGCUGCGAGACCGGCUGCACGCGGCUGAGCAGGAGAGUCUCAAACGCUCCAAGGAGCUCAACCUGGUGCUGGAUGAGAUCAAGAGGGCUGUGUCAGAAAGGCAGGCAUUGCGUGAUGGAGACAGCAAUCGCACCUGGGGUCGCCUAACAGAGGAUCCACGACUGAAACCGUGGAACGUGUCGCACAAGCAUGUGCUGCACCUGCCCACUGUCUUCCAUCACCUGCCGCACCUGCUGGCCAAGGAAAGCAGCCUGCAGCCGGCAGUGCGUGUGGGCCAGGGCCGCACCGGAGUGUCAGUGGUGAUGGGCAUCCCGAGUGUUCGGCGCGAGGUUCACUCGUACCUGACAGACACGUUGCACUCGCUCAUAUCGGAACUGAGCCCGCAGGAGAAAGAAGACUCUGUCAUCGUGGUGCUGAUCGCCGAGACUGACCCUCAGUACACCUCGGCAGUAACAGAGAACAUCAAGGCCUUGUUCCCCACGGAGAUCCAUUCUGGGCUCCUGGAAGUCAUCUCCCCUUCCCCCCACUUCUACCCUGACUUCUCCCGUCUCCGCGAGUCCUUUGGGGACCCCAAAGAGAGAGUCAGGUGGAGGACCAAACAGAACCUCGAUUACUGCUUCCUCAUGAUGUAUGCACAGUCCAAAGGCAUCUACUACGUGCAGCUGGAGGAUGACAUUGUAGCCAAGCCUAACUACCUGAGCACCAUGAAGAACUUUGCCCUCCAGCAACCCUCGGAGGACUGGAUGAUCCUGGAGUUUUCUCAGCUUGGCUUUAUUGGGAAGAUGUUCAAGUCGCUGGACCUGAGCCUGAUUGUGGAGUUCAUCCUCAUGUUCUACCGGGACAAGCCCAUCGAUUGGCUCCUAGACCAUAUUCUGUGGGUGAAGGUCUGCAACCCUGAGAAGGAUGCGAAGCACUGUGACAGGCAGAAAGCCAACCUUCGGAUCCGCUUCAAGCCAUCCCUCUUCCAGCAUGUGGGCACUCACUCCUCACUGGCUGGCAAGAUCCAGAAACUGAAGGACAAGGACUUUGGGAAGCAGGCACUUCGGAAAGAGCAUGUCAACCCACCCGCGGAGGUGAGCACGAGUCUCAAAACAUACCAGCACUUCACUCUGGAGAAGGCCUACUUGCGUGAGGAUUUCUUCUGGGCCUUCACACCUGCUGCAGGGGACUUCAUCCGCUUCCGCUUCUUCCAGCCACUUCGCCUUGAGAGGUUCUUUUUCCGCAGUGGGAACAUCGAACACCCAGAGGACAAGCUCUUCAACACCUCUGUAGAGGUGCUGCCCUUUGAUAAUCCCCAGUCAGACAAGGAAGCCCUGCAGGAGGGCCGCUCAGCUACUCUCCGGUAUCCACGGAGCCCUGAUGGCUACCUGCAGAUCAGCUCCUUCCACAAAGGUGUGGCUGAGGGUGAAGUGGACCCUGCUUUUGGCCCCCUGGAAGCACUGCGCCUCUCCAUCCAGACAGACUCGCCAGUGUGGGUCAUUCUGAGUGAGAUCUUUCUGAAAAAGGCCGACUAAGUCAAGAACUUUUGAGAAUGUAUUGUGCAGUACCUGAAGCCCACGGGACCGCGAUGUUGUCGCUGCUGCCCAGGGAGAACCAGGCGCGGCCGCCCUAGUUUAAAGGGUUCUGCCUGGUGCAGGGCCUAGGCGGCCUGGGGUCCACUGCCGGCCCAGAGGCCCCAGGAGCUGGUGCUGCCCCGCCACUGGGGCUGCGGAGGAGGCAGGCGGCCCCCGCACUGUGCCUGAGGGCUGGCCCAUGCCGCCCAGAACGUACUCACUGACCUGGACAGCCAGGCUGUUUUAGAGCUUUUUCCUGGGCGCCCGCUGUCUCCAGCGCGAACACUGGAAUGCAUAUACUACUUUAUGUGCUGUGUUUUUUAUUCUUGGAUACAUUUGAUUUUUUCACGUAAGUCUACAUAUACUUCUAUAAGAGCGUGACUUGUAAUAAAGGGUUAAUGAAGUAUGUGCCUCAA